CGAGAUCUCCGCGCCUCAUGCUGUCUGGGCUUGGGAGUAGGUGCCCUAACCGAGUGGUUUCGUGUGUGCGUGGUGUGCAAGUAGGGACGGUGGGUCGUUGGGGGGGGGGGCAGCUUGCUGCCUCGUUCUGAUUUGUGUGAGCGGCUGCGAUUACCGUCUGUUGCUUGUGUGUUUCUGCGGAUUUGGAAGCUCGUUGACCGCUCUUGCAGUGUAGGCUUUGGACAUGCUUGGUUGUGCUGUUGCCGUUCUGGCCGAUUUGAGUAAAACGAAUGGAUAAACGAACCUGUUUCAAGUUCUGUGAGGAGAUUUCACGUUAGUUUUGGAUGACUAGUCCGAUUUAUGGGUGUUUCGGUACGAUUAGGGUACCAUGGCUCGAGGUGCAGGCUGUUUGCAGCUAACGUUGGGCGAUUUAUCCUUAGGAUUUUCAGGAGAACAGAUUUCUGAUGUCAUUUGUUAAUUUCCAUGAGCAAGAAAAAAUUUCUAAAGGAAUCAUAACAGAAGCUAUUGAGAAUUGCAUGAAGAAACAAGCAGAUAACUUGUUGAAUUCACUGGAGGUCAUAAGUGGUAGGCUGUCGCAAUUGGAGUUAUAUUGCUACAAGCUGGAAAGGUCCAUUGGAGAAUUACGAAGUGACGUGAUGGAUUAUCAUGGCGAAGCAAAUCUUAAUUUCCAUUGCCUUGAAAAGCAUGUGAAAGAGGUUCAGAAAUCUGUGCAGGUUCUUCAGGAUAAGCAAGAGCUUGCUGAAACUCAGAAGGAAUUGAGCAAACUUCAAAUAGUGCAUGAGGACUCUUCACAAAAGAGUGAAGGUACCGCCCCAUCAAUUCUUAUGACAAGAGAAAAUGAACUUACCCUUGUGCCAAUGCACCAAGUAAAUGCUGUUCAGUCUCCUGCUAUGCAAUUCCAAAGUUGCAAUGGCCUUAUUCUACAGCAACUGGUGCCAGUCUCUUUGAGUGCCCCAAAAGACCAGCAGCGCUCGAACCAAACAACCAUGUACUGUAUGCAAGGCCAAAGUCAUCUGGAGCACAGACAGGCCCAACCAUUGCAAGCUGGAGCUCAAUCUGUGCAGUCACAAACCCAGAACCCUCAGCCACAGACUGUAGUUGAGAUACCUCAGAUAACUAGUCAGGCACCAGAGUUCUAUUUUCAACCUCAGCAGCAAUGGCCACAUCAAACAGUUCAGCACGUUCAAUCCCAGGCAAGGCAACCACAACCACAGGUGGUACAACAGCAGCAGUACAACAAUAUUCAGCAAGUUCCAGCACAGGUGGUUCAGCUGCAAACAUCUUCUCCACAGGCUCAUAGCGCACCUCAGGUCACACUGGUAUAUCCUCCAUAUGGAUCUCAUCAGCCUGCAAACACCGAGGCACACACAAGGGGCAUGGUUGUGCAGCCUUCAUACUCAACAAUUUCCUCAGCCCAGCGGCAUCAUGAAGUUGCUCCUGUUUAUGUGCAAAGCAGCGCAAUUUCUGUUCCAUUUGCAGAGCACCGUCAGCAGCCGCAUCAACUUCAUCCACUCAGCAAUAGCUCAUUCGGACCUCAACAAACCAAGGUUGGUCCAUGUGGUGUUGCAGCAUAUACGGUACAAGGGAGUGCACAAAACUACAACACUGCUUAUGGUAGCCCGUCCAGCAAUCCUGCCACUGUUUUUGCUGUCCUUAAUCAACAAGCGCAUGCCAGUGCUCCGAUGGUGCUUCAUCAUUUAGGACCUCAGACUGUGCAAAAUCAUCCGGUAGACAUAGUCGAAAAGGCUGCUCGAAUGGGUUACUCAAAGGAUCAAGUUGAUAGCAUGGUGCUCUGUAUGGCGACUGCCAGCCAGCCUGUAGAAUUCAACCCCAUGCAUGACAGGCUGAGCUCUAUUAGCAAUGGGGUGGCUGCACAGGCAUGGUCUGGGUAGUCAAGAAUGAACAACUCGGCAUCAAAUCACUUCAUGCGCUCUCGUGACUUGCUUUGUGUGAUAUAUUAUGGUAUCUUAUUAUCAUCGGAAUCUCUUCGGGUAUUUCCUCUGGCAUCUUUUUAUCAGCCAGCAGAUUGGUACAUAUCCUCCAGCUUAUUUUUUUUCGCCUGGAGGAUCGCGAUGAAAUAAGACCGUUAGGUUAGUAAAAUGAUGAUUGUUGGCAUGUGUCCUACCUUUUAAUGGACAUAUAUGCUUGUAAUGUGUUGUGGACUUGCAUACGCAUGUUUGCGAUAUAAAGAAGUGAUAAAUUUGUUGGUUUUCACAGAAAA